CGACUCCGCCUACCCGGGCCGGUUCCGGCAUACGCCGCGCCGAAACGAGGACGGACCUUUGUGUCAAGUAGCCGUUGGCGUUAAAGCUUCCAGUCGCUGGCAUCCCCGUCCUCUCCAACUCGACUGUGGAGCCGAGCAAGUCGGAGAAAUGUCCUCCGCACAGACGUUUUCAGGUAAAGACCGAACAAACCAACACAAGCGUGUGUCUGUUAAGUCUAACCCUGGAUUCCUAGAGCGAUUAAGUGAAACUGCAGGUGGAACAGUUGUUGGUGUCGGACUGUUUUUCCUCUCAAUUUAUGUUCUCUUUACCAAUGAGGGACGAGCUCUGAAAACAGCAUCUUCCCUGGAUGAAGGUCUCUCUCAGGUUGUGUCAUUGGGGCCUUACUUCAGCCUUGAGCUGCAGAACAACAACCGUUUAGUUCACCUGUCUGCACAGCUGCACACUUCACAGCCCCUGCAUGACCCAAACUACAGAGUGGUGGUGCAGACAGUGAAGCUGAAGAGGCAGGUGGAGAUGUAUCAGUGGGUGGAGUACCAGGAGAGCAAGGACUACCAAGAGGAUGGUGAAACCAAAACUGAGACGACGUACAGCUACAACACUGAGUGGAAAUCAGAGUUAGUCAACAGUCGUAAUUUUGAUAAGGAAAUUGGUCACCAGAACCCAAGUGCCAUGGCGGUUGAGAGUGUGACAGUAGUGGCUCCUGAAGUCAGAGUUGGGCCUUUCGUUCUGUCUAAAGGCCUGGUGGAGCAGAUAAAUAACUUCCAGACACUGAGUUUGAAGGAUUUUUCUGCUUUUGACUUGGACCCUUUUCUCACCAUUGAUGAUGAUUAUUUCUAUCAUACUCAAAACCCGCGGAGGCCGGAGGUUGGGGAUGUGCGUGUGAGAUUCUCCUACGCUGGACUGAGCAGUGAUAUGUCUCGACUCGGCCCGGCUCAAACUGCCAGUAUUGUGGCCAUGCAGAGAGGGGAGCAGCUGAUGCCUUUUAAAACCAAGUCAGGAGACACUCUGGAGAUCCUGUACCUGGAGGAGCUCUCUGCAGAGGAAGUUUUUGCUAGGGAACACCAGCACAACAGUAUGAAGACAUGGGGACUGAGAGCUGUGGGAUGGGCCCUCAUGUUCCUUAGUAUUCAGCUGACCAUGCGCAUCAUCUAUACACUGGUGGACUGGGUUCCUAUUCUCAGAGAGCUGGUGUCCGUGGGGCUGAGGAUCUUCGCCUUGUGCGUCUCCUGCUCUCUGUCUCUUCUCAUCAUCGGAGUAGGUUGGCUUUUUUACCGACCAUUAGUGGCGGUGGCUUUGGGUGCACUAGCUCUGCUUCCGGUUCUUCUCGCCCGCUCAGGGCUUCCAGCAAAGAAGAACGAGUGACUAUUGAACUGAUGAUUAUCACAACAGUAUGUAAUGCCUGGCUGUAGCCAUCCAUCAAAGGUGUGAGACAGUAUUGUGCAGCUGGUUGUUCCACAACAUGGUUGCAAACUGCAUAGGACUUGCUUUUUUGGGUUAAACAGACAUUCUAGGAUAUUAAAUGUGUUUUGCUGUAAUAAGUACAAUAAUGGGUUUAAUCCAUCAGUUUUUAAAUGUAUUUGGACAUUUGAAAAAUAUUUUACAGUGCUCACCAAUGUUUCACUCUGAUAAUAUAUUUAAGUACAAAAAGAAAUCACCUCAACCACACUGCUGAUGUCCUGUCAGAUGCAAGUGGAAGCUGUUUGUUUUUGCCUUAAGAUCUGCUGUUAUCAGGUGUGGCCUUUCAAAACUUCACCUACCCAUGCAAAUCCUCACUGUGUUUUCACUUGAUAUACUGCUGCUCAGUGAGCAACAUAAAAUCAAUGUUGUGGCGUUCUUACUGUAAAUAUAACUCACCAUAGACUUGUUGCUCCCUCUACAAAACUGAGACACAGUUGUCAGUUUAUUGGGAACACCUAUCUAAAACUAACGCUUACCUACAGAAAAGCCCUGCAAUAAGUCCUACCUCCAUGAAGGUUAUAGUGUUCAGGUUUGGACACUAUAACCUGAACAUUAUACAUUUCAUUUAGGUAGGAUUUGUUGCAGGGCUGUUGUGGUAGACUGCAUUUAUUUUAUCCAGGUGUACCUAAUAAACAGCCUAGCUAAGUUCCUUAUGUAAAAUAUGUCAAAAUAAAACAUUGUGUAUCAUCUGGGAAUUGUUUUGAACUUGAAAAACUAAUGAUUUGAGGUAAAUUAUGAAUAAAAGUCACAUACUUCACAUACAGAGAAAAGAUGAAUGUCAGUGCUUUUUCAAACCAAACUGUGUUGACCAAAAAAAAAAAAAUCCACCUUGGUCAGUUCCAAAGUGGGGAUUUGCAAUUUUUUCUAUUGUUUUUAACAGUGUAUGUUAAAUAAAGCACUUUUUGUGUCUGUCAACUUCAGACCUAAACGA